AUGGAUAAGAUCCAAAUGACAGACAUUCUUCCCAAGAGGAAAAAGCAGAGAGGGAUGCAAUUUUCAGCACCUGCAAACACCUACAAAAUACAGUUCAAUGACAUCGUCAUUUUUAUUCUGGAGAAGAAAAUGGGAGUGACCAGGCGAAUGUUCUUGAUGGACCUAGCAAGAAGAAAAGGCUUCAGGGUAGAAAACGAGCUAAGUGAUUCGGUCACCCACAUUGUGGCGGAGGAUACUUCUUGUGCUGAAGUACUGCAAUGGCUGCAAAUCCACGGGAUGGGGAACAGUUCAGGAUUCAGGCUCCUUGACAUCUCAUGGUUGACCACCUGCAUGGAGGCUGGGAAGCCAGUGGAUUCAGAGAAGUACCGGCUUCUGGUAAGCUGAGUAUGCCCAACGUGAGAUCAACAGAUUGGGCAACAUGUGACUGAAGAGCAUCCUUCUGCAUCUGUGCAUCCAUUGGACACUUCAUUUCUUGCCACAGUCUCCCAAUAUGCAUGUCAGAGGAGGACAACUUUAAAUAAUUACAACAAAAAAUUCACGGAUGCCUUUGAAAUACUGGCUGAAAACUAUGAGUUCAGAGAAAAUGAAGGACCUUGCCUUGCAUUUAGGAGAGCAGCAUCGGUGCUGAAGUACCUUCCAUUUACUAUAGUGAAAGCAACGGAUAUUGUAGGAUUGCCCUGGAUGGGAGAACAAGUCAAAGGAGUCAUUGAGGAUAUUCUAGAAGAAGGAGAGAGUCCUAGAGUGAAAACUGUGCUAAACUGUGAAUACUACAGAUCAUUUAAGCAAUUUACUUCUGUUUUUGGAGUGGGGCUAAAGACUUCAGAAAAGUGGUACAGGAUGGGUUUGCGGACAUUGGAAGAUGUAAAAGAGGACAAGAGCUUGAAACUGACAAGAAUGCAGAGAGCAGGGUUACUAAACUAUGAAGACCUCAGUAGCUUGGUAUCUAAGGCAGAAGCAGAUUCCGUUGCCGUGAUUGUAAAGGAUACAGUAUUGAGAUUUUCCUCCAGUGCUUUAGUGACUUUGACUGGUGGUUUCAGGAGGGGGAAGAAGAAGGGACAUGAUGUAGACUUUUUGAUUACCAUUCCUGGAGCAAGGCAGGAAGAUGAACUGUUACACCAAGGAUUGCUCUUAUACUAUGACAUUAUUGAAUCGACAUUCGAAAAGACAAAGCUGCCAAGCAGAAAAGUUGAUGCUUUAGAUCAUUUUCAGAAAUGUUUUGCAGUUUUAAAGUUACACAAAGAAAGAGUGGAUUGCCGCAGUUCUGUUGUUUCAGAGGAUUCAGCUGAGGAAGAAGUGAAAGACUGGAAAGCAAUCCGAGUGGAUCUGGUUGUAAGCCCCUUUGAACAGUAUCCAUUUGCUCUGUUAGGAUGGAGUGGAUCCAGGCAAUUUGAACGUGACUUGCGGAGGUAUGCCACCCAUGAAAAGAAAAUGCUGCUGGAUAAUCAUGCUCUAUAUGAUAAAACGAAGAGAAUAUUUCUGAAUGCUGUGAAUGAGGAAGAAAUUUUUGCACACCUUGGCUUGGAUUACAUUGAACCAUGGGAAAGAAAUGCAUAG